AUGUUACAGAUCGAUAAAAGCAACCUUUUGAUAAAGAAGACGCUAAAUGAGCGUGUAUUUGCCAACCCCGAGGCACAAUUGAAAUCCUUAGAUAGAAUCAUCAGUGACUUCGAUUUUACCAACUAUCAUGUCUCAACAUUGGACGACAGACAGCUAGUAUUAGUUUCUGUUUACUUACAGUGCUGGAAUGACUUGAAGACAUACGGAGUCGAGGCAUACUUGAAGCUGAAAUAUGAAAAAUUCUCUGAGGUGUUGUCCCCUGUUGAUGAUGUGGAGCCCGGUUAUAACUUCAGUCUUGUCUUGGAUACCUCCAGCUUGAAUUCUAAGCAGAAUGAGUUCAAGGAUGAGUUGAUCGAGGAAUUAUCUUUAUUGAAGAGACAUGCAAUUGCUUCUGCGUUCGAAAAGGCAUUCAGUCGUUACGACCAACUUGCACAGCAAUUCGAGGGCCAGGACACCUAUGCUGAGGAGAUCAGAGCGGAGUUGAAGAACGAGGAGGUUCUUGUCAUCAAAUACAGAGGUGAGGAUGAGUGCAUUUGUGUCAAGCCUUCUUUUGACCGUGUGACGGUAGUUUUCUCUACAGUGUUCAAGGAUGAAACAGACAAGAUCUUUGGAAAGGUGUUCUUGCAGGAGUUCGUUGAUGCUCGUAAAAGAUCGGUCCAGACAGCUCCACAAGUGAUGUUCACACAAAGAGACCCCCCCUUGGAUAUUAAGAAUGCUGUUAGCAGACGCAAUGACGACGACAAUAAGGGUUAUGUUACCUUCGUAUUAUUCCCCAGACACUUGAGGAAAGGUGAGCGCAGAGAUAACUGUAUAUCAUACAUCCAGUUCUUCAGAAACUACUUCCACUACCACAUCAAAUGCGCCAAGGCAUACAUGCAUACGAGAAUGAGACACAGAGUGAGAGAGUUCUUGAAGGUGUUGAACAGAGCGAAACCGGAGAAUGUUGAUGACGAUGGUAAAGCAAUUGACAACAGAAAGACGGCAAGUGGUCGUAAGCUUGAUUUUGGAAAAGUCUAG